AUGCCUCUUAUAAAUGUCAUCGUCGAUUCCUUCUGUAGUCCCCUCGACAUCAAGGCCACGGUGUUUGUGACCAAUUUAACCGCCUCCUUCAAACAGGUGGCGAGUGAAUAUCUUGCCAUAAAAAAGCAGGACGCAUGGGAGCAUUCUGAAUUUAAGUGGGAGGCCUACAAAACCAAAUUGGAUAAACAUUUGGAGCUUAUGGCUGAGUGUGUGUACUAUUAUGACCAGAAAUUCCGUACUUCAACUGCAUGGAGACCACCAAGCAAAGACCUUCAAUCUGCAAUCACUCAAUGCGCAAGUGUGAAAUAUCAUUGGGAACAAUCCGAUCAUAAAGCUUUUUCCACCUGGGAUCCCAAUCAGAGGCCACCAGCAGCCUGUUUGACUGACUGGAAGCUCAAGGUGGAAGUGAACCGGGAUGCAAAGAAUGUCUGGUUGGAGUCAUACAAAGCCUGGAAGUUGAGUCCUACACUACUUAGCUUUGAACAGGAAGAGCGUCUUUCAUCCACAGAUAAAGACCAACUUUGUCGGCAGUAUCUUGAAUCCUAUAAAAAUUGGGAAGACAUUGAUUGGAGACAAAGAUACACAAGUUAUCCUAGCUGGCUGGAAUGGAUGACAAAGAAUCCACAAGAUUCCCUAGCUUCAAUUCAUUUGGCUGAUCUCACAGCUCUGGAAGAUGAGAUGAGGCAAAUCUCUGAGGAUUUUCAAAAAUUUCCUGCUGUAGAGUUGCUCAAAGGUAAGAUUGAGGAACUACAUAACGUUUCGUGCACACUUGAGCAACAUGCAGAAGAUUGGGAGGAGAAGAGAACAGAAUUCCUUAGGCAGCGCUGGGCAAACACUGGUGAAGACAAUGGAGCACUUUGGGAAGAACUUGUGGAAGAACGUAAAGAGUUAAUCAGUUUGAAGUCCAAUUUGCGUUGGGGGUUUGGUACUGAAGAUAACGGGAUUACUGAUUACAGUCUCUAUUCCUGGUGUUGCGAGCAUGCUGCUUCCUAUGCAGAAGUCGCCAAGACUGUGGAAGUUGUCCGAGCUGCAUACAACAAAGUGUCCUCCUUACCAAAUAUGCCUCAAAAGAAGACGCCAGAAACAUUCUCUCAGCUCACAUCAGGACAAUCGUUGAUACACAAGCGCUAA